AUGUCUUCACUCACUCAACCCACCAGCUGGACCCCUGCGCAAGCAGCAGCUGUUCAUGACAUCCGCACUACGAUCAGUGCUUCCAAGCCUCCGUUCGGUCAGGCCAAAUCCCCUGCUGAGCGCGCACGGGUGCCCACCGAAGGAAUCCCGGAAGGAGUUCGCAUCUCUUGUGAAUUAGCCCCUCCUUCCUCCCAGAUCCCCACGUCCAUUCACUCAACCUCGAUCCAACCGGGUCAGGUUCCCGUCUUCUUUUACACUGAUGCGCAUUCCGCGUCCUUGGCUGGUGCGAAGAAUGACGUCAAAGUCAUCCUUCAUGCGCACGGAGGCGGCGGCCUCCUCGGACAUCCAACGGAACAGAGGUUUAUGGCAUUCUUCUCUCGUAUACUUCGCGCACUUAAGAAGAAAUCUGGCGCACGAGGAUCUAGUACACCCAUCAUCGCAGCUCCUUCACACAGACUUGCGACGGUCCCCAAGAACCUCUUUCCAGCGGCAUUACAAGAUCUAUUCUCUGCAUACCACCACCUGAUCUUGAAAGGUUUCGCUGCCAAGAAUAUCACUAUCACAGGUGACAGUGCAGGCGGAAACCUGGCUCUUGUCCUCACAUAUGUCAUUUCGCAAUCCGCUCUCCCGAUGCCAGGACGCGUCGCACUCUUCUCCCCGAACGCAGACCUCACUUACGCCUCCUACACCUCCAUACCUCACGACACCAUAUCCCUAUCAAACUACCAAGCUUUUGCUUCCCAAUAUCUAGGCAAUUUCCCUGCCAACCACCCUCUAGCAUCAGGCAUCCUAAUUCCAUUCACUGCAAGCUGGCCGAGGACAUUGGUGAUGACCGGCACAGCUGAUAGUUGUGCUGAGAGCUCGCGAAUAGUCGUCAGUCGUAUCCAAAAGGCAGGUGGGAGAGCUGAGCUUGUGGAGUAUGCGGAUUUGACGCAUAUGUGUUGGAUGGUUCCGAACUUCUAUCCGCAGUCGGACAAUGGGUUGGAGAGGCUUGCAGGUUUUGUAUACAAUUAA